AACCAAAUGGGUUAUGAUUUUGAAUUCAAAAAAAUACUUAUUUAAUGUUGUAGACUUGUAGCUAUGGAUUUUAGUUAGUUAAAUCCCAAUACCCACCACCCUCUAACAAUCAAGAUUCUCUAUCAUUUCCUUUAGUUGAAUUCCAAGAAAAAAUGGGCAUAUUUCAUCCAACUUGUUCUUCUUUAAUUAGUUUAUUUAUAUUUAAUACACGAGGCAAUCAUGCAUCCAUAUACAAAAGAUUCUACUUUUAGUGGGAUUUUACAACAUACUGAAAAUUUUGUCGUUUUUGUUCCAAGUUGUGUAUUUUGAGAAGUUUCUGGAAGAAAUAUUGGUGAUGUAAAUUGAUGCUUUGAAGACUCAGAGGUGGAGCUAGAGUUCUAGCUACUGGUUUGUGGUAAGAAAGAAAUUUGUUGAAUGUCUAGACAGAAUUCAGAACUAGUAAACUCAAAAUUUUGGAUCUGUCUUCGUGGGAUGGAGGUGUAUUUACAAAGGAAGAGAGUGUUUCUCUUGUUGGUUUCAUGGAUAUGGCUGCCUUUGGCAGUUCUUGGAGGGACUGGGAAUAACACAGGAAAUGCCACUACUCCUUUAUCUUCCUCUUCUAGGCCUAAGGUGGUGAAUAUUGGAGCUUUAUUUACAGCUAAUUCUGUUAUUGGAUGGUCAGCUGAGCCAGCUCUUGUAGCUGCCAUCAAUGAUGUUAACUCAGAUUCUAGCAUUCUCAGAGGAACCAAAUUGAACCUCAUAUUUCAGGAUACAAAUUGCAGUGGGUUUGUUGGCACUGUUGAUGCUUUGCAGCUGAUGGAGAAAGAAGUAGUUGCUGCAAUUGGUCCACAAUCCUCAGGAAUAGCACAUGUGAUCUCCCAUGUUAUGAAUGAACUUCAGGUCCCUCUUUUGUCUUUUGCCACGGACCCUACUCUAUCCUCUCUGCAGUACUCGUAUUUUCUUAGAACUGUUCCAAAUGAUCACUUCCAAAUGUAUGCUAUAGCUGAUGUGGUUGAUUAUUUUGGAUGGAAAGAGGUUAUAGCCAUAUUUGUUGAUGAUGAUAAUGGUAGAAAUGGGAUAUCUGUGUUGGGUGAUGCCCUCGCAAAGAAGCGUGCUAAGCUCACCUACAAAGCAGCCUUUUCUCCUGGAGCAAGUGGUAGUGAGAUUGAUGAUUUGUUAGUCAGUGUGAACCUUAUGGAGGCACGAGUAUUUGUUGUUCAUGUAAAUCCUGAUACUGGGCUAUCAAUUUUUUCAAAGGCAAAGAAUUUGGGAAUGAUGGUCAGUGGCUAUGUUUGGAUCGCUACUGAUUGGCUUCCAUCGUUUUUGGAUUCUUCAGAUUCAGUUAAUCCAGAAACUAUGGAUCUUAUACAGGGUGUUGUAGCACUUCGCCAUCACACCGCAGAUUCUGAUCAGAAAAAGAUGUUUGCAUCGCGAUGGAAAAACUUUAAGGAUGUUGAAACUCGAAGUUUUAAUUCUUAUGCACUCUAUGCUUACGAUACCAUUUGGCUACUUGCCCGAGCUCUCGACCUUUUCUUCAAGGAUGGUGGAAAGGUUACCUUCUCUGAUGACCCCAGAUUACGUGAUACAAAUGGGAGUGCUUUGCAUUUGUCAUCCAUGCAAGUUUUUGACCAAGGACAGAAAUUAUUCCAGAUACUCAUUGGCAUGAACUUCACAGGUCUAACUGGCCAGAUUCAGUUUGAUCCUGAGAAAAAUUUGGUUCAUUCAGCAUAUGAUGUUCUUAACAUUGGUGGAACGGGAUUACGCACAGUAGGUUAUUGGUCAAACUAUUCUGGUCUAUCAGUUGUAACUCCAGAGGUUUUAUAUUCAAAACCUCCAAACACUUCAACCAGUACCCAACAUCUAUACAAUGUCAUAUGGCCGGGAGAAACUGUAACUCGACCUCGAGGAUGGGUGUUCCCCCAUAAUGGAAAGCCUCUGCGAAUUGCUGUGCCUUAUCGUGUUACUUUUAAAGAGUUUGUGCAUAAAGAUAAAGGACCUUCUGGGGUAAAAGGAUAUUGCAUUGAUGUUUUUGAGGCUGCCAUAGAUUUGUUGCCUUAUGCCGUUCCUCACAUCUAUAUUCUGUAUGGAGACGGCAAGAGAAACCCCUCUUUCAAAAACUUGGUGAAUGACGUCACGACAAAUAAAUAUGAUGCAGCUGUGGGAGAUGUCACAAUUACUACAAACCGCACAAGGAUUGUGGACUUCACACAACCUUACAUGGAAUCUGGACUUGUCGUAAUUGCUCCUAUCAAAGAGCUGAAAUCCAGUCCAUGGGCUUUCCUUCAGCCAUUUACCCUCCAAAUGUGGUGCGUAACUGGGGUCUUCUUUCUCUUUGUUGGAACUGUCGUUUGGAUUCUUGAGCAUCGACAUAAUCCUGAAUUCCGUGGUUCACCAAGGCAACAACUUGUUACAGUUUUUUGGUUUAGUUUCUCAACAAUGUUUUUCGCACACAGAGAAAACACAAUGAGCACCUUGGGACGCUUAGUGCUUAUCUUUUGGCUCUUUGUCGUUCUAAUUAUCAAUUCGAGCUAUACAGCUAGCUUGACAUCUAUCCUGACAGUAAGGCAGCUGUCAUCAGGAAUUCAAGGAAUUGACAGUUUAAUUGCAACUGGUGAACCAAUUGGAGUUCAGGACGGCUCAUUUGCCUAUAACUACCUCAUUGAAGAGCUAGGUGUUUUAGAAUCACGGAUCCGUAUAUUGAAAACAGAAGAUGAAUAUACUAGUGCCCUGGAGAAAGGUCCGCAAGGUGGUGGCGUUGCUGGCAUUGUGGACGAGCUUCCUUAUGUUGAGCUCUUCUUAUCCAACAGCAAAUGCGUAUUCAGGACAGUAGGACAGGAGUUCACGAAGGGCGGAUGGGGCUUUGCAUUUCAAAGGGACUCUCCUCUUGCUGUUGAUCUAUCAACUGCAAUCCUUCAACUGUCAGAAAAUGGCGAACUCCAAAGGAUCCAUGACAAAUGGCUAUCUAAAAACGGAUGCUCUUCACAAAACAACCAAUCUGAUGAUACUCAGCUUUCACUCAAAAGCUUCUGGGGCCUAUUUCUCAUAUGUGCUGUUGCUUGUUUUCUAGCUCUUAUAGCAUUUUUCUGCAGGGUAUACUGUCAAUUCCGGAGGUAUGACCCCGAGCCAGAGGAUCAUGAGAUCAGUGAACCUGAAUCUAUACGUCCUAGUAGGCGUACCCUCCGCUCCGUUAGCUUUAAGGACUUAAUAACCUUUGUUGAUAGAAGAGAAAGUGAAAUUAAGGACAUUCUCAAGCGGAAGAGUAUUGACAGCAAGAGACAUCAAGGUCAGAGCUCAGAUGGGCAGCCGAGCUCGCCUGUUUGAAUCAAAGAUUCGUUCAUUGGCUUGCUUAUUUCUUGCUCAAUGCAAUGCACCUAUGAUUAAUAUGUAAAUGAUCCCUCGUCGAAUAACCUUCAUUUCAAUUUUUCAUACACGGAAGGCUAGGUAUAUUAGAAGGAAAAAAAAUGUCUUUGUAUACUAAUAGGAUAGAUGGGAAAAAAAAUGGUAACAUUUGUACUAAUUGUCUUAAAAUGAUAGUAGUAAUUAUUAAGAUUUUGAUCA